AUGGCUUCCUACAUUACUCCGAGCUGUUUACUUCUGGCUUGUGUUGGCGUCUGCUUCGCGACUUUUGGACAUGAACAUGUUCACAUUCGAGUCCAUAUACCUGAAGAGCACCACUCAUCAAAAGAAGUAGUUGUUCAUGAACAUCACGACGAUCAUGGCCAUGGUGGAGGGGGGUAUGGAGGUGGUCAUGGCGGAGGUCACGGAGGCAGCUUAGCUGAUCAUCUUCAUGGUGGCUUUGUGGAUCAUCUAAAAGGCCAUGGUGGUGGCUUCGGAGGCGGAUUCGGCGGUGGCCACGGACAUAGCAUCUCCUUUGGAGGCGGAUUCGGUGGCGGCCAUGGCGGCGGACACGAUUUCGGAAGCAGCUCUGGAGGGCACGGACACGAUAUUGGAGGAGGCCAUGGAGGACAUGACUUUGGGGGUGGCCACGGCGGUUUCGACUUAGGCGGUGGUCACGGUGGACAUGACUUGGGCGGUGGCCACGGAGGACAUGACUUGGGCGGUGGCCACGGAGGACAUGAUUUCGGAGGUGGUCACGGAGGUCAUGAUUUCGGAGGUAGUCACGGAGGACAUGAUUUUGGGGGUGGUCACGGAAGUCACGGAGGUUAUGACUUAGGCGGCGGCCAUGGAGGCGGUUUCGGUGGUGGCUUUGGAGGAGGUCACGGAGGUGGACAUGACCACGGCAGCCAUGACUUUGGAGGUGGCUUUAGCGGAGGAUUUGGCGGAGGUCACGGCGGAGGAGACCAUGACCACGGCAGCCAUGAUUUAGGAGGCAGUAUCGGCGGUGGUUUCGGAGGAGGCCAUGACCACGGCAGUGCUGGAUUAUCUAUAGGAGGCGGACACGGCGGCGGUCACGACAGCUACAGCGUCGGAGGAGGCAGCGGCGGAUUUUCAUCCGGUGGUCAUGACAGUUACAGUGUGCACGAAAGCCAUGACAGUCAUGGAUCUGGUGGUUUUGGAGGCAGCCUAGGAGGUCACGGGGGCGAUGACCACGGCAGUUUUGGAGGUGGUCUGUCUCUAGGUGGUGGACAUGGUGGUGACAGCUACAGUUUAGGAGGCGGCCACGGUGACAUCGGUGGUCACGGUCACGGGGGAGAUAGCUACAGUGUUGGAUUCAGUGGCAGUUCUGGUGGUCACGGAGGUGGUCACGGUCAUGGAAGCUUCAGUUUAUCAGACUUAGGCGGCGGUGGACAUGGAGGUGGUUUCGGCGGUCAUGGUGGCAGUUUUGGUGGUCAUGGCGGCAGUUUCGGUGGUCAUGGUGGCGGUUUCGGCGGCCACGGCAGCUUCGGAGGCGAUAGUUACACCAACGCAUUAGGGUCCGGCCACGGUGGUGGCCCCUACCAUAAAAGAAAGUAA